AUGUACCGCCACGCAAUCGUCUUGUUCUUGAUCGUGACCACAGCUCUGACAAGGAAUCCACCGGAUAUCAAUGCUCAGGCGAUUCUACCGGAUCUCGGAAUCCAACCACCGUUACAGGAUUCCAGUGUUGAUGUCCAGAAGCCGGACCUAAAAGUUCAAGUUCCGGCACCGGAUUCCAACGGUCAUGUCGAGCAGCCGGAUACCAAAGUUCGAGCUCCAUUACCGGAUUCCGGCACUCAGGAGGAGCUUCCGAAUUCAGGUGCUCAAGCGCCAGCGGCGAUUCCCGAUGCUGGAGAGGAAGUGGCGGAAUUAUGGGAUGAAGAGCCGUUACCUGAUUUAGGGGCUCCGAACUGGAAAUGUGAUCCUGCUGUUAUGGCCAAGAGCAAAGAAGUCCCAAAGAGUGUACACAGUGUUCGUUUUGCAGACAUCAAAAUAGUGGCAGCUCUUGGAGAUUCGCAAUCAGCUGGAAACGGAGCAAAUAGCAGUAAACUGACUUCUCUCCGAACUGAAUAUCGUGGAUUAGCCUUCGCAAUUGGAGGCGACACCACACUUGACGAACACAUUACUAUACCCAAUAUACUGAGGAAAUUUAAUCCCGACUUGUUCGGCUAUUCAAAUGGAGCGGGUGUAUGGAACGAAUGGAACGACGAAGGUCGACCGGAUCUUCGAUUUUUUGCCCCCGACUGCUUCCAUUUCUCAAAAUUCGGUCACAGUAACUUUGCCAAGCACCUAUGGAACAAUAUGGUUCAACGUGUCGGAGCCAAAUCGACAUCGGUGGAGCUCAGCAACGUCAACUCGCCACUACUGUGCCCUCCAAAGAACUGUCCACUAUUUCCGACCAAAAAGAACAGCAGGAACUGUAAGAAAUACUUGACACCUAGCAAACUGGACGCGUAG